ACUCUGAGGCUCAGUGCUUGCCAAGGCGUCAUGGGCGGGCGGGGGCAGAUCGGGAGCCUCUACGCCUCGCAGUACGGGCUGGGGGUGAUGUUUCGCAGGAGGCUUCACGUGAUAAUGAGGUCGAGAGGCUUCACUCCCCACUGGCGUCCUCCGGGUGGCUUCAGGACGGCUGUCCAAGCACGCCCACACGCAACUAAGUCUUCCUGUUCCAAAGUCAACAAGAACAACCUCAGCUGGCAUUUUCUCGUCCUGCUGAUGGGUCAGAAUGUUCAGCUACAAACAGUAGAGAAACUGAAGGAUGUUACACGCUACCUAGUGAGGAUAAUUGUUCGCCAGUGUGAGGUGCACACUUCAGAGAGGAUACGCCGUUCCAUGCAGUUGUACACUGUUUACUCCCGCAUGUGGGGAGAAGAGGCUGCAAGGAGAAUGCUGUCGAACCUCAGGAGGAUGUUUUUAAUGAGAGGACGACAUCUACUUUUGUCAGCAGUUUGCAUUACACAAUAUGACUGGGAUAAGGAGAAGAUAUCAGAUGAGAGCUUAGAAAGAGCGACUGAUGACUUAGAUUCUGUAGGGGAACUCUGCAAAGCAACAGUUCAGUGUGAGAAUUGUGGGAAACGACAAGUAAUUGAUCAGCAGAUGUCAAAUGUGGAUUAUUGUAUGUGCAGAGGAACUAUAGGCUAUGCAGGAAAGAAUAGGGAAUAUGAUUCUUGGGAACCAUUCAUCGAAAGAGAUCACCAUAUUGUGUGGCGCCAGCGACACCAUGUGCAUCAGCAUUUGUUUGCUUAUAAAGUGUAUGGAACUUAUGAUGAUGUGAGCCUCAGUGCAUUCAUGGAAGCACAGCUGAACAGCGGCUUCAGAAAAGAGUGGGAUGAUUCUGUGCUUGAGUUGCGGGUGCUGGAUUCCCACACAGAAUCCAACUCUGAUCUUGUUUACUGGCUUGUCAAGUUCCCUCAAUUCUUUGCAAAUAGAGACUAUGUCUUUAAAAGGCGCUUCACAUAUAAUGAAGAAAGACAAGAAGCUGUUAUAAUGAGUCAAGCAAUAGGGUCUAAUGUGUUCCCAGAAGAGAAAGGAAUUUAUCGUGUCAAUGAAUAUUGGUCAACGAUGGUCAUUAGAGCCUGUGAGAGUAUUGAUAAGCCAGGUAUAGAAUACACUCUGACGUAUUUCGACAACCCUGGGACUAGUCUUCCACAAAGUAUAACAAACUUCAUUGCAGCUACAGGUUUUCCAAACUUCUUACGAAAAGUACACCAAGCAGCCCUAAGCCUUCAGACAGAUCAUGAGAAUGGAGGAGAUGCUUACAUCAGUCUCCCUGUUCAGCUACGAUAUCCAGAGAGACCGCCAGAAAUUGAAAAACCAACCAUUUCAGUAAGCGUCGAAGAAGAAGGGGUUCCCGUUCCUGCCACAAAGGAGUUGGAGCAAGUUUCUGUGGGCAACAUAAUGGGUCAAGUUCUUGAGCAUGGGGUCAGUAUACACGAGAUCCACGGUGAAGAGGAGACGCAUAGUGCAAUAGGUGAUUUACCAGAAGAAAAAUGUGCAGGAACAGGUUCUUUGGUAAGGACUAAUAGUGAAGAUAGAGGCACUGUAAAGGAUACAUUGAUAGAUGAAAACGCUCCUACAGCAAAGAAAGAGACUCGAGAAGUUAGCAGUGAAUUUCUUGAAAGUAGUGAAAUAGAUGUAGAGAUGGAAAUGCAAAUGGCAGGUGAAGUUAAGAGCUCUGACUCUAACAAAGAGGGUGACCAUUUACCUUCUACAAUAGAUGCAGAUAGUAACCAGGCAUCUCUGUCUCAAGAUCUGUCUCUGCAGCUGAGUAGAAAAAAAGUUGUGGUAGAUAUAUUGGAAGCUAUGGAGGUUGUGGCACCUGACAUGGAUGAAAAAACAAAAUUGUCACAAAAAGUGGAAGAGUUGGCUACAAGUACCUUGGAAAAAAUUGAAAACAAGUCUGUGUUGCUUGCAAAACUUGACAAAUUAAGGAAUAAAUUGAAAGAAUUUCAAGAAAACGCAUUUCAUCGUAAACUAACUUCUUUGGAAAAAAUGCAAGAACUUGAAAAUCGUGGCCAUUAUGACCAUUCUAGCCUAGAUGAAAAGACUCUAAAGCAACUUGAAAACCUUUUCCUUGCUGUGAACAGAGUUCUUCAAGCUGACAAAGACAUGCGGACUGGAAAGGGUUACAUGAGGACUUCAACAGGACAAGACUCAGAUACUAGCAAGGGAGAUGAAUUAUUUUGGGGUUUCCAAAGAGAAGAAAAUAGAGAGAAGGAAGACACAGGGGCACAACCAAGUGAACAAAGUAUACCUAAUGAAGUGUCUGCAUCACCAGGCUUUGAAAGUUCACAAAAGAAAGAUGCAACUGAUGAAACCAAGGCUGAAGAAAAUCUAUCAAGACAUGUUAAUGCAGAUGUUGGAAAGGAGGAGCAAUUAUCCCAGGAUUCCCAAAGAAGAGAAAGCAAGAAGAGAGAAAAGACCAAGACACAGUCAAGUGAAAACACAGUACCUGAUGAAGUCUCUGCCUCACCAGGCUGUGACAGUUCUCAAAAGAAAGAUGUAACUGACAAAUCAAAGCCUCCAGAUGAUCCACCUGGGCCUGCUAGUACAGGAUCGUCAGCCACAGGUGUAUUAGAAGAAAGCACAGAGAAUGAAAUUGAAACCUAUAGUAAUAAUAUGAAAAAUGAUUUAGAAAAUAGAAGCAGUUCUAGUGGGUGGUCAUCUUGGUUAUAUUUCCCAUUUUCCGCAUCUGGGAUGGAUGUCAAUACAGCACACGAUGCAUCAGACAGGGGGAGAAAUAACACUAAAGAAAAUCAUGUGGAGGACAUUGAGACGCACAGUGGAACGAAGGCCACAACAUUAAUUGCUCAAGCUUGGUAUAUUGUUGGACUAGGGUGGAUCUUCCAAACAGAAUCGCAGUCAGUCAAAGAGGACUGUGAGACCCAGCCCAGUGAGACCCAGCCAAAGGUUGAAGAUAGUGGUGCUGUAGAAGUUAAAUGUGAUAAGGGAACAGAGGGAACCACAUCUUGGUAUUGGUAUCCAGUGAAUGGUAUGUAUAGAGUGUAUACUUGGGUGUUCAGUGCUUCACAGAAAGAGAAUAUCUAAGUUAGUUUGAAUGACCAGAGAGAAGACUAAUUUUUUAUAUGUAAUUUUCCUGUUGGGAAAUCAUUGAUAUUAGACAUGGUGGCAAAUGAAUUAGUAUUACUGGAAUUGUCAAGGGGGACAAUUGCUUUCUCAUUCAUUUUGGAAUACUUUAAAAUGUUCAGAUCUUUAUUUAAACUAUUGCAACACUGCACAAAUGUGCUAUUUCUGUAAACAAUGAAAGGUGACUAGAAAGGCUUAAAUGAAAGACAGUUUUUUCUAUCUUACCUCCUAUUUAUUAUUAUGAAUCAUUUAUUUUUCAAGACUGUUCAGUCAAUUUCAGAACCAUUAGUAUAGAAAGUAAGAGGCUCAAAUGUAUAUUGAAAUAGGUAAAAAUAGAAUUUUUGUAAUUUGCAAUACAUAGGACUAAUAUUUAGUUAAUCAAAUUAUCAAAGAAUGCAAGAUAGUGCUGCAAGGUUAGUGUUGUGUAUUUAAAUAUCCUUGCAGAAUAUGUAUUUAUGUCUGUAUUCUAACAGAAAAAAAGUUAGUAAAAGUCUCAAAGUUUUUGUAUGAUAACCAGUGAGUGCCUAUAUAAAUGUUAGUUCAUAUAAAGUAUAUAUUUCUGUCAUUCUUUUUAAGUUCUCUAUUUUUUCAAAAUGAGUAUCAACUUUAUGUAGUCACUUCAAAGUUGUUAGACAGUACCUGGUGGCUGUGAAUCAUUGAAUUUAUAAGAUGUACUGUGUUUGCGGAAAAUAUAUUCUUUUAUUUUCCAAUUUUCAGUAUGGUGACCAAGGAAAAGAAUUUCCACACUUUUUUCAAAGAGGCACAAUAAUAU